GGACAGCUGAUCAGAAUGACAUGUACACGUCGUUUACGUCUACGUCGGCGUUGUGCUAUUAUGUUUACUAAUAUGAAAGACUUUUAAUGAAAGUCCCAUUUCCUCGAAAAAUCCAUAAUAAUGGCGAAAGUUAAUAUUCUAGACCUCAACGUAGCUCGGCUAUUUGAGACUUAUUGCAUCAAUGAUAUAUUAGAAAUAGAAAAAUGUGUGGAUUCCGAAAUUGAACGCAAAAGAAUUGAGCUACGAUCAAUUGUUGGGGAUAGGUAUAAAGAUAUUUUAACAGCAACUGAAGCAAUUAAAUCCAUUGAGAGUAUUUCUGAAUCAAUUGUGCAGGAAAUCCAAGAUGUUCUUGAAAAGUGCAAUGUUCUGGUUUCGAAAACUAAUACAAUUAUUCCAAUUAAGCAGCAUACAGAACAUAAAGUGGAGAAAGAGGAGUAUCUAAUUUUAAUGCAAUUAAGACUUAUAAUUGAAAUAAAUGAACAUAUAUGGAUAUGUAUUGAUGAUGAAAACUUUUGUAAGGCUGCUCAGUUUUAUCUACUUUCUCAACAUGUGCACACUGGUUUGAGACUGAUGAAAAGUGACAUUAAUGCCAAGUAUCACCUGAUAACAAAACUGAAAGAUAUCAUUGAUACAUUGAGGGGAAGGAUUCUGCAAGGAUCUUUAAACAAACUGAAAAAUGUUGAGUUGACUAUAGAAAACACAUGCAGUUGGUUGAAUGCAAUUAUGUUGCUGGAAAAUCACACCUCAACUGAACUGUUAAACAAAUUUGCUACAAUCAGGAAAGAUGCUUUGGAAUCAAUUAUUAAUGAAUCAUAUUCAAGUGUGAGAGUGCAGAUUGCUGCAAUGGUGAAAUGUAUUUACACCACUAUUCAGCUUCUUCAUGAUUGCUUCUUUAAUUACAAAGAUACAAAAGAAGGACUAAUUUGGAAGGAAAUCACAAAAAUCAUUAACAAAACUGCCCCAAGUACUCUUUCCAAAAUAAAAUUGCCAUCAUCUAUUAUGGAUUUGUACUUGCCACGGAUAAUAAAAGAAUUUCGCCCGAAGUGUGCCAAUGUAAACGACAAUCUGGCUAAAUCCGAAGCGCUAAUUUUGAUAGAAAAACUACUCGCCGAUAUAUCAGAAAUUGUUAGAAGCGGAUUAUUAAAGCAUUUGGAACUUGUCCCAUCAAUACAAGGUUUACACUUGAUUAGAGAGGAAGCAUUGAAAGUAGAAAUUCCCUUAGAUUGGGAUGAAAUAUGUGAGGAAAUCAACAUUCCUCGUAAUUUUGAUGUUUGGUGUUAUUACUUCCAAGAUGUACUAACGAAGCGCGUACAGUAUUUAGCUACAAAGAAAAUAUCAGAGUUCACUGAUUUAAUGAAUACUCAGAUUACUAAAAUAUUAAAUGAUACAACGAAGAAGAUUCAAACUGAAGCCGAUUUACGAUGGUAUAUUUGGGAGGAAAAUAACUCCAAUGAUGAUCACAGAGUGUUGACAAUGAAAACGAAAGGUUUUUCUCCUGUUAUUGUUAAAUUAUGUGAAGAUAUUGAUGCCGCCUAUUUGGAAUUAUUAAAAGAUGUGUCUUUAUACUUAUAUGGCACCGAGUAUCAAGGAAAGGAUGACUUUUUGAUAGGAUCUUCUCAAUCAAAUAACAAGAAGAAGUUUGUCGACAGAGAAAAGUUGGAAACACAUUUGAAAGAAGAAUGUUUAAAUAGCAUCAAAAAAUUAAUUUUGCAUCUUGAAAAUGAAAUCAAUAAUUCACAAUGUGCAUCAAGCAAAGUGAACAAGUCAAUUACAUGUUCACGAUUUUUGAGCGCGUUGACACAGUUAUGUCCAAGUUUUACAAAGUGCUCUAGCUGCAAUCAAUCUUCAGACGAUUGGGAGAAAAUUUGUAUUGAGUUGAACAAGGUUUCUCUAAAGUUCUGGGAUAAUUGGAUUGAGGAUUGUAAUAAAAAACUGGAAGAAAAAUUAACUGCAUCUUUCAACAUAACAGAUUCUAGUAAAAUGUUAACAAUUUUAUGUAAAUGGGAUACAAUCGAAAUUCAAGAACAAACCGACGAAUGCAUUUUCAAGUCAAAUAUUAAAAUACCAAUGAAAAGCAGUAUUUCAUUAGCUAGAAUAUUGGAAUAUUUAAAUGAAAUGCUUAAUGCUUUAUUCCCGCACACAUUACCCAAACAAGUACACUUAAAAUUCAUGGAGAAGAACGUCCUUAGUAUUCUGAAUCAAUAUGAGGAUCUUAUGAAACACGAGUUGAAUCAAAUGCAAGCGCUGCAAUUUUUAUUUGAUGUGAAAUUUUUAACAACUCUAGCUGUGCCAAGAGAAAACAUGGCAUUAGUACAAAGAUCCCAGGAUGUAUGCGAUAAAUUUCGAUCUUUUGUAGAUCCAUUUGAUUUGGAUGUCUUUUAUAAUUAUUUGCAGCAUAAUGUUAGACAAAAUGCUUUACAAACACAGGUGUUAUAUGGUUGCCUCUUAUUAUCUUCUAAUCAGCUGGCUUCAUUAGGACUACUAGAAAAAAAUAAGGAACAUGAAAAGGAUCCGUCGAUUCUCGCACUUAGCACGCCAUCAAAUGGUAAUUGGUUUAUGUUGCUGCCAGUGACUGCGCCAAUGACCAAAACUAGUCUGCCGAAUAUCGAAACAAAGGGCAUUCAAACCAUAUUAAGUGAAUGCAAAGGAAAGGCCUCGGAAACAGCAGGAAAUCAGCGUUAGGUCUGGAGCGGCUGCAUUGUUUGGUGCAAUGACCACCGAUUGGUUUUCAUAGUCAAUAUUAUAUUGCAUACAUAGUAUAAGCUCAAGUAAUUAAUAUUUAUGUAAAUACGUAAGUUGUUAAUCAAAUGAAGACUUUGUCAAGCCCUAA